UCACCCGGCGCUCGUCGUCCCCUCCGAAUUACUCUCGAUCUGCGACUUAGACAUAGACUUUCAGCCUUAAUUCUGUUCCAUUGACGAUUUACACGCCCUCUGAUUACCGCCAUGUCCCUUCCGAAGCGAAUCAUCAAGGAAACCGAACGUCUCGUCGCGGAUCCAGCUCCAGGCAUUACGGCCACACCGCAUGAAGAUAACCUGCGGUACUUCGACGUGACCAUCCAGGGACCUGACGGUAGCCCGUUUCAGAAUGGCGUGUUUCGUCUCGAGCUAUUCUUACCGGAGGAGUAUCCCAUGAGCCCGCCCAAAGUGCGCUUCCUGACUAAGAUCUAUCAUCCGAAUAUUGACAAGCUAGGACGAAUUUGCUUGGAUAUUCUGAAAGACAAAUGGUCUCCGGCACUACAGAUCCGUACCGUUUUGCUCUCCAUACAAGCACUCUUGAGUGCGCCGAAUCCCGACGAUCCGCUAGCUACCGAUGUUGCUAAACAUUACAAGGAGGACGAGAAAGACGCCCAACGCGUCAGUCGAGAAUGGACGGAGAAGUACGCAAUGGCUUGAGUCAUUGGCGAAGACAGAAGUUUGUGUGUAUCCUAUGACUGUGUACACUGAUGUAUGGUUAUUUUGUAUUUGGGUGUCUACGAUUUGCGAUGAACAGUAGAAUGAAGUAAAUAAUGGCAUGUUUGCCUGGAGCGCCAGCCCCUCCGCCGCCC